UUAAAAUUCCGUAAUAAAUUCUAAAAAUACAAUAAUGCAAAAAUCCUCAAGUCAAAGUAGAAGAAAGAGGGAUGCUUUUCCUUAAUAAACAAGACUAAUCGUUUUUACCAAAAAUUAUCGAGAAAAUUGCAUGUCUUCGUUUUCAAAAAAAAAAUUGCAUGUCUUUAUAUAUACCUUCUUAAGAAUCUAAGCAGUAUUGAUGUACGAGUAGCAAAACUAACAACUAUGUGAAAGAUUUAUAUAUUGCAUGCAUAUAUUUUUAUUAGUGAUUUGAUAAACUUCAAUAUAUAAAACUAAGAGUUAAAAUUCUUCAUUUUCUCUUCGCUAAUGUAUAUAAACAUGAUCUAAGAAAAGGAUUGAUUUAAAAUAUUUUGUUGUUGGAAAAUCUUACAUUAUCUUAAUAUGGUUGUUUUGAACUUUUGGCAUAUAUGGAUACAUAUAUGUGCACCGAAAGCUUUUUUUUUUAAUUGCACCGAAAGCUUAGAUUCUAAGAAUAUAAUUGUGGUGGUUUAGUGAUCAAUUAAUUGCCUAUAAGUUUAACAAAAUAUUUUGAUUUGUCAUUAGCAGUUUUAUUUCUAGCUUCAUGCAGAAAUUCGCAUAGCGAUAGCAUGAUUUACUUGCGUUAUUGGUGUGUACAUAAUAAUGAGAAUAUAAUUUACUAAGAAAAUCAAGUAAAUUAGCUUUCAGUCCCAAAAAAUCAAAUAAAAUAAAGUUUUUUUCUGUACCCCGCCACUUGGGAGACAGAUCACUAGUUAGUUGAAAUGGUGGCUUUCAAGUUUCGGAUCCAACGCACGUUAUCUUUCCUUUCUCUCUCUCUCCUUAAUCUCUCUCUCCCUUCUCUCUCUUCUAUCUCUUUCUCUAAAAUUCUCCUAAUGGCAGAGAUCAGCUGCGUCAAGGAGAUUCAAGAAGAAGACGUAGAUAAGAACCGGUUACUGACUCGACCAGAAUUGGAUGUUACAGAUCACAAAGAGCAAAUGGUCAACGUAGAGGAUGGAUGCAAAACUCCAACAUCAUCCCCUCACAAGAUUCCAGCGGCGUUAUGCCCACCAGCUCCAAGGAAACCGAAACCAAACCGAUCUUCCGGGAUGAAAAGAAAAUUAACGUCGGUUCAUGUUGUAAACCGUAUACCCAUUGAUCUGAGCCCUGAGAUCGAGAUGUUCUUUGAGGAGUUAGACCGCAGGAUCAAGAAGUCACGGAAACAAUAAUAAGACGACCAAGAUUACUGGUCGUUUCUAAUGUAUGACUGUGUAGUGGUAAUUGAUCCUUUAAAUCUUUCCUUCAUUUUUUUUUUUUAUCAUUUCUGUAUAAUAUAAGUGACAUGCUGAUAACAAUAAAACUAUGACGAUAAAGCCGCAAUCUCAUUAUAUCAUAGUUUUUCAGCAGUAAUUUACGUUUCAAUAACCUCUU